CUGCGCCUCGAUUUAUCUUUUCGAACUGGGUGAACAUGCAUCUUUCAGCACCUGCUCUUCACUUGCUAAUAUUGAAUUCCAUUGCACUGAUGAAGAGCUUGUGGAACAUUUGGAAAGAAUGGUCUGUUGGGAUCCUCUUCCAGCCAAUGUGAUUACAGAUGCAAACCCUCACAAUGUUUUGCCCUGGAAUUUGCCUGAUGACAUUUGGUACUUCUUCAAUUCGGAGGACCCAAAAGCUACAGGAACUGGAUAUUGGAAAGCUACAGGGGAUGGACGUAGAAUACCAGAAAAUGCUACCACUACUGAAUGCGGAACCACUCUGGAAUUUUACAAAGGCAGAGCUCCUUAUGGAACUAAUACUGAUUGGUGGAUGAUGUAUGAAUACAAGUUACAUCUGAAGGGACGGACACUCUGGAAAGAAUGAGGGACAGGUACUUUAAGAACCUAUAAAUGCCUAUCUGCCUUUCAGCUUAGACAACUCCAACCUACUAGCCAACUGCUGAUUGCUUGCAUAAUUUGCAGGAUUCCAGUUUAUUGUGUAGGGCCUUUCUCAAUAGAGUCCAAAAUCCAAACUUGAAGACUACCAGAACCAUACUGGUGCAGAUGAUGCUAGUGGAGAUUAA